UGUUAUAUGUGAUUCAUUUCAUCAUUUACAUUUCUUGAUAUUGUAUCUCAAGUAAAAUAUACACAUAAACAUUAUUUUAUUUGUAACUUAAUUUUAAUUCCAGUACAUAUUUUUCACAAAAUAGUUUUUUAUUAUAAGGGUUAAUUAUGGCUUUGCCAUUACCAAUACCACCUUGUGCAAAAAGAGAUGGUAUCAGUGGAUUGACCUGUGAACGCUUUGAAUAUGCUAGUAGCAUGGCCACUACUUUAUUGGCGCCGGUGAAAACAGAACGACAAAUUUUGGAACAUUCGAUGUAUGAGGACGAUCCUAAUGCUAAUACGCAACUUCCAAGUGAAGUAGGAUCGCUACCUCGGUGGGGUCCACGCCAUAAAGGGGCUCAAGAACUCGCCGAGCUGUACAGCCCAGGCAAACGACUACAAGAAUCGGUGUGUGUGGUGGUUUGUUGCACAUUAUGCGUUUGUGCCGGUAUAUUGAUGGCCAGACACAUUCGCGCAGAUGCCUCACUAUUAUUAGCAGCAAUUGCUGGUGUCCUAACAGCAGAUUUUGCUUCGGGCGUAGUGCACUGGGCUGCUGAUACUUGGGGAGCGGUUGAUCUACCUCUUAUAGGCAAAAAUUUCCUACGUCCAUUUCGUGAACAUCACAUUGAUCCUACAUCAAUUACCCGCCAUGAUUUUGUGGAAACAAAUGGUGACAACUUUGCCAUAACAAUACCUGUGCUUGCGCGUAUAGUGUGGCAGCUGUUGACAUAUGAUAAUGUUAACCUUGAGAAAGAGUUCCACUGGAUUUCAUAUUGGUAUCUAUGUUGUAUAUUCGUGGCACUGACAAAUCAGAUUCACAAAUGGUCGCACACGUACUUUGGACUGCCUUGGUGGGUAGUGUGGUUACAGGAAUGGCACAUAGUACUACCGCGGCGUCAUCACCGCAUCCACCACGUCGCGCCGCACGAGACUUACUUUUGUAUUACCACCGGCUGGCUGAACUGGCCUCUGGAGAAACUUCGGUUUUGGUCCAUUUUAGAAACUAUUAUUGAAGCUUUAACAGGAUGUAAACCUCGUGCUGAUGAUAUGAAAUGGGCGCAGAAACGUUCCUAGAACGCUGUUAUUAAUUGUAAUAAGUAGGUAGUAUUAUUUUUAUAAAUACUACCAUUGAUACUCGUCCACAUCUACCAAAUCAAUUAAUAGAUAGUUCUUAUUAAAUGAAGAAAUGAGCUAUUUUUAAUUAUUAUAUUCCUCUAAUCGCUUAUUUAUAAAGCGCUUUAUACCAAAAUGUUAUUUCGUAGUUUAUCUAUGAAAUUAUUUCUUAGUUGUAUCUAUAGUAAAUAAUAUUUCGUUUUACAUUAUGCAUAAUUUGUGAAGCCGUUAUAACUGUUUAGUUAAACCGUAUAUUAUAUUGUGUAGUGAAAGGCUAUAAAUAAUUGAUAUCCACGAAGAAAAUAAAUAACUGUCGUAUUUAAUAGCCUAUAAUGAAUCGUUCCGUGUAUCCAUAGCUUAAUCCGCUUCACAGUCCUAUACAUACAUAACGUUAUCUUUCUUAGGAUCAGUAUAUUAUUUUAAUACCACUGUCACCUUAUUUGUUAUCGUUCUGCCAAAUUAAAAAGUAUUACUAUAUUUCUAAUAUAUAAUAGCUUCGGCUGCGACUUCAUGCGCCUGUAGAUACAUAUCGCACUAAACGCAAUAAAAAAACGAAUUUGUCGAUUUUUAACCGACAACAAAAAGUAGGAGUUUGUUGACAAUUGACAAUACGGUUUAUUUUGUUUUGUUUUUUUUUAAUGUUUGCUACUUCAUAACUCUGUGAUUUUUAAACCGAUUUGAAAGGGCUACUUUCAGAUUUGCCCCAAUUUUUUUAUAGUUAUUGGUGUCGGUUAUUUUGUAAGAACAUCUUUUUAUAAUUUUGGGUAUGUGUUUUCGUAUAUCGUGUUUGUACACAUCAGACAUGAUAUUACGAAUAUUAGUUUCGACAUUGCCCCACACGACAACUUUCACAGUAAAAUCCUUUUAUCAGUAACCCUCCACAAACAAACAGUUAUAUGUAGUCGAAUUUAUAACAUUCAUCACAUUUAACGGCCUAUACUGUUACUCAACCUUUUUAGUACCAAGAUCUUAACCUCUAAAAUUGUUUUACUAAUUACACAUAUAAAUAUGGUAUAUUAUAAAAAAUAAAAGAUUCUUAUUUAUAUAUUAUAACAUAAAUAAUGAACUGAUAAUUUUGCUUUUGAUUAUGUAUCUGUAGAUACUAUUACACAGCAAGCUUUUUUUGUAACUGAAAUUAUAACAUUUGUUUGAAAUACGUACGCACCUAGUAGUCUAAACACUGAUAAAUCAUACAAGAAUUGAAUUAUCUAAAAUGUGAUGGCUAUCAUUAAUUAGGUAAUUAAUUAUCUAUAUCUUUAUAUUUACAUAUACAAUGGAUUGGUAUUGGUAUAUAAGGUAAAUCGAAUUAAGUCCAGACUAUAUUUCCCGCGGAUAAAGCUAGCAGCUGGUGUAAGUACACAAACACCUGAUAUGUUCUCAGGGUUAUCCCAGCCCCCACUAUUCAAGAAUUAAUAGGUGGCGGUCAUGUGAAAAAUAUAGAUAAUGGUAACAUAGACAUAAAAUGUUUUUUUUACACAUUUUAGUCUUCUCUUUCAUGUAAGAACUACUAUGGUACUCUUAAUGAUUUAUUUUUAAUACAAUAAAUUUUGUUUGAUCAUAAUGAUUGAGUGCGACUUUGUUCCUACGUCUGGAUUUUCUUAAAUGUAUUUCGAAUUUUUCGUAUUUGGCAAACACGCUGACGGAUUACCGGAAAGUAAGCGAUAAAGAUGCCCUAUAUACAUGAAUAGCACCACGGAAAUCACAUUAUCAUGUGACACCCGCGUGACAAGAGUGGUACUUUUACUUUGCUAUUCUAAGGCACUAAAAUGUCAUAUCUCUUGUACUGUAAUUUCACCGCCUAAUCUGAAAUCUUGGCGGCUGAAAUAAGUGAGAUAUCUACGCAGACGAUUUUUUACGGUCUAUCACCUCAAUGAAAUAAUUUCAAAAUGUUUUAGUUUAUAUACUGUUGGUCCAAAUAAAAUAAAUGUAUAAUUAGAGUGAAUAUUUAGAUUGGGGUCAAAAUAAUAUACUUGUAAUUAUACAUACAUGCUAUUCAAAUUUGUAGUAUUUAUCUAUACAUUCCAAAAAAAAUUUUUUAUGCCCCGUAGUUUUCGUUUUAUUGAUUACAGUUGAUGAAACAUGUAAAUAUUACAGAAAAAUCUAUACUAACAUAUAAAAAAAAUGCCACUGAUUACUGUGUUAUAAAUUUAAACUAAAAUAAUAGUAGACUAUUUUAUAUAUUUAUAAUAUAUUGGAUUUAUUCGGAAUGACAUUAUUUAAUAAACUAAACUAUUGUUAUUUAGAAUUCUUACAUCCGAUACGAAGUCGUGAACUUGGCUAGUAUAGAACAAUUUUCUACGUAGUUACGUAAUUUCAUGAAAAAACGUUAGCAAACAAAUAUAAAUACAUUUUGUCCACAUUAUGUAAAACAAAAAUUUUUAAUAUGAAUAACAUAUAAGUUCUAAACAUUGAGAUAUUAUAAUACAUAUUUGUAUUAUAUGGUAUUUAAGUA